UUCAAUUCUUUUGCCUCCAAUAGUUCAAUGCGUAAUAAACAUAUGGCCCUUCACUUCACUAUCUAUCAUCAUUUCUCCUUCCACUGUUUCAUGGCCCCCGUUCUCUAUCUCAUUCUCACUCUCAUUCUCACAGUUUCUUCUUCAAGUAGCACUGUUCACGGACAACCUUCACCGGGCUACUACCCUAGCUCCAAAAUCAAUUCUUUAAGUUUUGAUCAAGGAUUUAGGAACCGCUGGGGUCCUCAGCAUCAAAGAGUAGACCAGGGCGAGUUAACAAUCUGGCUUGACAGAAGCUCAGGAAGUGGGUUCAAGUCACUUCGUCAGUACCGUUCUGGUUACUUUGGAGCUGCUAUCAAGCUCCAACCCGGUUACACUGCUGGAGUUAUCACAUCUCUCUAUCUUUCGAACAACGAAGAUCACCCGGGGAACCACGAUGAAGUUGAUAUUGAGUUCCUUGGAACAAUACCUGGAAAGCCCUAUACUUUGCAGACUAACGUAUACAUAAGAGGAAGUGGUGAUGGAAAUAUUAUUGGACGAGAAAUGCAGUUCCAUCUCUGGUUUGAUCCUACUCAAGACUUUCAUAACUACGCUAUCCUAUGGACCCCAAGUGAAAUCAUAUUCCUGGUGGAUGAUGUGCCAAUUAGAAGGUAUCCAAGGAAGAGCGAUGCCACAUUUCCUCUAAGGCCAAUGUAUCUGUAUGGUUCAAUAUGGGAUGCGUCAUCAUGGGCCACUGAGAAUGGAAGGUACAAAGCCAAUUAUCAAUACCAACCCUUCGUUGGUAGGUACAAAAAUUUCAAACUAGCUGGUUGCACCGCCGAUGGACCUGCCACCUGCAGCCCACCCUCAGCCUCGCCAUCCUCGUCCAGUGACCUCAGUCAACAACAACUCUCCGCAAUGGCUUGGGUCCAGAGGAACUACCUGGCUUAUAACUAUUGCCAUGACCCCAACAGAGACCAUACCCAAAUUCCUGAGUGUUAGGGUCUAUUAUAAUUAUUUAUGGGUUCACGGCUUUUUAUAUUUGUACAAGCAAAGUUACAUUAUGUUUUGGAGGUUCUUGAGAUGGGUUCCACUUGCCAAGAAAAGGUGCAAGAGUAGUUGAGCGUCCGAGACUCCAAAAAGUUGAAGGUUUUGUCGUUUUUGUUAUCGUACUGGUCAUCUUAUUGUAUUGUUUGGUUUGCUGUAACUGUAAUAAAUAAUAAAAAUUUUAAGUGGUUUUA